ACUGUGUUUCAAAUGAAUGAUUAUGUUUCCUUCACUAUCACUUCUCACAUGAGAUUAAAUUGUCAUGAUCCAAUUAGUUUCAAGUCUGAAAAAGAGAAACAAACUUAUACUGUAAAAUACAGUGUUUUUUAAGGCUUGAAGAGAUACAGAACAAUGGCAGAAUCUUCACAAACAUCAACAAAAUCAAGAAAAAACAGUUUUGACCACGAACUUCCAUUAAUGUCAUCCUCCAUUAGUUCACUGUCUGAGGAGAUUCAGUGCUCUAUAUGUCGGGAUGUGUUCAUUGAUCCAGUCUCGACUCCAUGUGGACACAACUUCUGCAAGAUCUGUCUGAAUAAGUGCUGGGACAGAGCCAGAACCUGCAGCUGUCCAUACUGUAAAGAAACAUUCAAGCAAAGACCUGAUCUCAAGAUUAAUACCACACUCCGAGAGCUCGUAGAUCACUGUAAGAAGAAAAGCCCUGAGAAAAAGCUUGAAGUUCUGUGUGACAUCUGUGAGGAAAGAAAGCUGAAAGCGCUGAAGUUGUGUCUGGUGUGUCAGAGCUCUUACUGUGAAACUCACCUGGAGCCUCAUUUGAGAGUGACACGCUUGAAGAAACACAAACUGAUGGAUCCUGUGAGUAAUCUGGAGGACUAUAUAUGUCAGAAACAUGAGAGACCUCUGGAUCUGUUCUGUAGAGAUGAUCAGACAUGCGUGUGUUCAAUCUGCACUGUGACAGACCACAAGAACCACAACACUGUUCCUAUAGAAGAGGAGAGCGAAGAGAAGAAGACUGAAAUGAUGAAGACACAGAAAGACAUGCAGCAGAUGAUCCAGAACAGAAUCAAGAAGAUUCAAGACAUCAGACACUCAGCAGAAGUCAGAAAAAGAAACACAGAGAAGGAGAAAGCAGCUUGUGUCGAGCUCUUCACUGAUCUCAUCCGCUCCAUUGAGAGACAUCAGACUGAACUGCUGGAGACGAUGGAGGAGCAGCAGAAAGCAGCAGAGAAACAGGAGGAAAUGCUGAUUGAAGAUCUGAAGCAGGAGAUCACUGAGCUAAAGAUGAGAAACACUGAGCUGGAGCAGCUCUCACACACUGAAGAUCACCUCCACCUCCUACAGGUUUACUCAUCCCUCUGCAGCCCUACAAACACCAGGAACUGUCCUGAGAUCAGUAUGAAGACUCAUGAGAGUCUGGAGACUCUGAGGAGAGCUCUGACUCAACUGAAGGACACUAUAGAUGAGAAACUCACACAAACUGUCUCUACAGAGAUGAAGUGGAUGCAGAAGUAUGCAGUGGAUGUGACUCUGGAUCCUGAUACAGCUCACCCUAAACUCAUCCUGUCUGAUGAUGGAAAACAACCAUCUGGUCUGAGCGGACCUCAUCAUUCAGGUCAAGGUCAGUGCGGGAAGGAGCCGCAGAAGAUCGCAAAUGUUUCUCUCACUGAAGACGUCCAGCUGAAUAAAGCGGAGAAGGUCUGGUGCAGCGGCCGCGCCGAUAAGACCGAGUUCUUGAAGACACAGGAGCUGUACAAAUGCAUGCAGAGCAUCUUGAACAAACUGACACCGCAGAUGUUCCAGCCGCUGAUGAAGCAGGUGACCGAGCUGGCCAUCGACACAGAGGAGCGCCUGAAAGGAGUGGUCGAGCUUAUCUUCGAGAAGGCCAUCUCUGAGCCCAACUUCUCCGUGGCCUACGCCAACAUGUGCCGCUGCCUGAUAGGGCUGAAGGUCCCCACCUCAGAUAAACCCGGAGUGACGGUGAACUUCAGGAAGCUGCUGCUGAAUCGCUGUCAGAAAGAGUUUGAGAAGGACAAAGAUGAUGAUGAAAUCUUUGAGAAGAAGAGGAGGGGGAUAGACAGUACAACGAACGAAGAGGAGAAGCAGAGGUUGAAAGAGGACCUUAAGGACGCCAAAGACAAAGCCCGGCGACGGUGGCUAGGCAACAUCAAGUUCAUCGGGGAGCUGUUCAAGCUGAAGUUGCUGACGGAUAUCAUCAUGCACGACUGCAUCGUCAAGCUGCUGAAGAACCAUGACGAGGAGAGUCUGGAGUGUCUCUGCCGCCUGCUGUCCACCAUCGGGAAAGACCUGGACUUCGAGAAGGCCAAGCCCCGAAUGGAUCAAUAUUUCAACCAGAUGGAGAAAAUUAUUAAGGAGCGGAAAACCUCUUCCAGAAUUCGCUUCAUGCUGCAGGACGUUAUUGAUUUACGACGGGCCCCUGAUCACAGCUGGAACAUAGUGCCUGUUUCCACCAAGAACAGACCCAUCGACCCGACGCGCCUCAGCAAGAUCACCAAGCCGGAUGCUUUGGACUUCAAUAAUCAGCUUCUUGCCCCUGGAGGUAAAGGCUCGUGGGGCAGUUGGGGCAAAGGCAGCAGCUCAGGAGACAAACCCAGCGACAGGACCCAGGAUUCUGGUCGUAUGAGCACUUUGAACCGUUUUUUAGUACUUCAGCAGCCUUCCUACUCUUCAUCAUCAUCAUCCACCAACAUCGACUCUGACAGGAGGGUUCUUCACAGGAGCAGUUCCAGUCAGGAACGCAGCUUUCGUCUUCUCCGGUGCGAUGAACACAUGGACCGGGUCAGUGACCGCUACAGUCGCCGUGACGACCGCGGAUCUGACCGGAUGGACUGGAACCGUUCUGCGGUCGGCAAGCGCAGCUUCAGCCGUGAAAAGGAGGAGAGGAGUCGGGAGCGAGAGCAGCGUCCCGCUGAGAUGCUGUGGCGUGUUUCCAGCGUGACAGACGAGCGCGAGAGAGACCGAGAACGCGCGAAGAGAGAAACUGUUCCCACUCCUCCACCUGCUUCCUCCAAACCUGCGCUGACGGAGGAGGAGCUGGAGAAGAAAUCCACUGCCAUCAUCGAGGAGUAUCUGCACAUCAAUGACAUGAAGGAGGCGCUGCAGUGCGUCGGUGAGCUGAGCUGCUCGUCUCUGUCUGUGUUCGUUCGGACGGGAAUCGAGUCGACGCUGGAGCGCAGCACCAUCGCUAGAGAACACAUGGGUUUACUGUUUCACCAGCUCCUCAAAACACACACACUGUCCACACAACAGUACUACAAAGGGCUGCUGGAGGUGCUGGAGGUUGCGGAGGACAUGGAGAUAGAUAUUCCUCACAUCUGGCUCUAUCUGGCUGAGCUCAUCUGUCCCAUGCUGCAGGAGGGAGGGAUUCCCAUGGGGCCGCUCUUCAGGGAGGUGUCUAAACCACUGGUGCCUCUUGGGAAGGCUGGAGUUCUGCUGGUGGAAAUCCUCAGGCUGCUCUGUAAAGCAAUGAGUCAUAAGAAGGUGGGAGCGAUGUGGAGAGACGCGGCGCUGAGCUGGAAAGACUUCCUGCCCGAAGACAAGGACGCCAAUAAGUUUGUCACCGAAGAGGGAGUGGAGUUCACACUGGGUGAGGAGUGUGUGAGGAAGAGCAGUAAAGUGACUCUGAGUCCAGAAGACAUUUCUAGAGAGCUGGAGCGACUCCUGCAGGAGAAAGCAGACAACCAGAGGAUCUUUGACUGGGUGGAGGCCAAUCUGGACGAGCAGCAAACAUCAUCGGACACAUUUGUCCGGCUGCUGAUGACUGCUGUCUGUCAGUCUGCCAUCAUCCGUGAGAAUCCAUAUAAAGUAGACACUGCAGAAAUGACCCAGAGGGCCAAGCUGCUGCAGCGCUACAUUAACAACGAGCAGAAGGAGCUGCAGGCGCUCUACGCCUUACAGAGUCUGAUGAUGCAGCUGGAGCAGCCGCCGAGUGAGUGUGUGAGUGUGUGUGUGUGUGUGUGUGUGUGUGUGAGAGCUGCGGUUUUCUGGUGUUUGGUUGCAGCUCUGUGCGAUGAACUAGAGAUGUUAAACUUUGACCUUUUUGCUGCUGCUGCUGCUGCCGAGACGCUUCUGCCGGCCCGAGCUGACGUACGGUUCACAUCAACACUUCACGGAGAAGUAAAGAGGGUGACGAGGAGCGCUUGUGGAUGUGCUCUUUUGCACCUGUUGUGA